AUGUCCGAUUCCGAUAUUAUCUACUACGGUUGUGCCCCAUGCGGCAGAAACCAACGACUCCAUGAAGCCUCUAGUCCCCCUGCCAAAGACCACAGUAAUCGCCCGCAGUAUGAUCAAGAACGCGAAGGCGGCGACGAUGAUGAAUUUCACUUCCGAGGCGCAUCCCGAAGAGACCGAUCUAUAGGUCAUGUCCAAGAGUAUCGGGAUCCUCCCCGACAGGGGUACAAUGAUCGAGACUACCAUCAAAGCAGCCGCGACACAUAUCGCCACUCAAGCAGCUCCGACCGGAAUCACGGUCGCGGCUGGUCUGACAGAGACUAUGUCGUGCGCGAACCCACUCCACCCUUCCAAGUCCAACAUCCCACCGGUGAAGACGACAUCGCGCAAGGUCCGGACUCCCAAUCAUCAAUCCUCCUCAUCCGCCGACUCAAACCGUCCACAAACCGACAAGUCUUAAUCAAAGGUCUCAACAAGAAACUCUGCAGAGACGAACAUGAAUCUGAGGAUGAGCUUGGCGCUCACCCACGAAGUCUCCGUGCCAUUUACUUCAUCUGCGACCCGCACACCGAUCAGAGUCUGACAUAUGCAUUCGUGGAAUUCCACUCCGUUGCCGAUGCGCGGUCUGCUUUGCGUAAAGCCGAAGUCCUCGGGGAGCAAUGCACCGUCUCGUCGCAGAGAUUCGUCGUCGACUUUGCCGAUCUCAAUGCUUUUCCGAUCUCGGAUAAAUCGAGUUUGCAGUUCCGCGACGAUGUCCGUACGAAGAUCUUUCGCACAUAUCGGGAUCAGAGAUAUUAUACUUCGCAUGAGCUGGUCAACGAAGAGCUUCCACCGGGCUACGAACUUCCUCAAAUCGAUGAUGCCCCAAAGACAAUGGCUCCGUCGGCAACGACGGUGGAAGCUCCGACUUUGAAGAAACGUGCAAAGGAAUCGGACAAAUCGGCCGAGCCCAAAGUGAAGAAGGCCAAAAUCGAGACGACGCUCCCCGGACAAUUCACCACCUGGACGCGCAAACAAGCGGAACUGCGCGCCGAAGAAGCCAUGGACCUAGAUCCUGCCUCGACCAACAUUGACGCCCGACAAAGUUUCCUGAUCCUGACCCGAAUGAGUACUGCGGGAGAAGCAGAAAGCGCCGAAAACUCAACCUCCGAGCCACCAGAGGAUCCCCAAAUACACGCCAUCUGCUUCCUCUGCGCCACCUCCUUCCCGCAAUCCAACGUCAUCGCCCACCUGACCCAAAGCCCGCUCCACAGACAGCGCCUGGAAGACACACACAUGCUCGACAGUGCCUACACGCUGAUGAAAUCCCUGAACGUCUCCGCCGAACAGACAUACAAGGUCCCCCACGAUCUGAUCACGAACGCGGGCGAAAGCGGCCAAGAAUACCUCGACCGGGCAAAACUCCGGCGCGAAGCGGAGAAGCAGCGACGCAGGGAGUUGAAAGCACAGGCGAAAUCCGCGCCGAAGAUCAGGAUGGUCCUCGGCGGGAAUGGAAACAAUAAUACCAACAACACUAACAACGCAGAUGAGAACGACCACGCAUCCUCUCUACUCACGACUGGCCUCGGCGCCUCCAUGCUCCAAAAGCAAGGCUGGGGGAAGCCCCCCGGACCCUCCACCUCGGCAGCUCCACAACAACAGCGAAACCCCAGCAGCAGCAGCAGACUCCCCGAACAAAACAUGUACGCCGCCGGCGUCGGCCUGGGCCACGAGGACAGCAAGCGCG